UGCAUUUGCAGGAUAGUCAACAGCAAGAGGAUGUGAACCUAUCAUAUCAUAGUUAAUUUGAUAGGAUUAGAUUAGUCUCUCUUUUCAUUUACAGAAUAGUCAGCUUUGGUUUGUUAAAUCCCCACCCUCACCCAAAAUUUCUCUGAUCAAAACACCUUACAACUGCUAUCAAUGAUGACCAAGUUUUUAUUUCUACCUUUCACAAUAGUGAUAGUUGCAGCAGGAGUAUCAUUCACUGAAGGCUCUCAGUAUCCAGCAAUUUUCAACUUCGGCGAUUCAAACUCAGACACAGGAGCCAUAUCUGCUGCAUUCACAAUUGUUCAUCCUCCCAAUGGCCAAAACUUCCUUGGAGCCCUCUCAGGAAGGUACUCUGAUGGCCGUCUCAUCAUUGAUUUCAUUACUGAAGAAUUGAAGCUGCCAUACCUUGAUGCAUAUUUGAACUCAGUUGGAGCAAAUUACAGACAUGGUGCAAAUUUUGCAACAGGAGGAUCCUCAAUUCUUAAAGGUGGUUAUAGUCCUUUCCAUCUUGCGUAUCAAAUAUCUCAAUUCAUACAGUUCAAGUUGCGCACUCAGAUUCUAUUCAACGGAACAGAACAACAUUUUAGAAGCAGUAUUCCACGGCCUGAAGACUUCUCCAGGGCCCUAUACAUGUUUGAUAUUGGACAAAAUGAUCUUUCCUAUGGUUUUCAGUACAGUUCAGAGGAACAACUCCGAGCGUCUCUUCCUAAUAUCUUGAGCCAGUUCUCCCAAGCAGUGGAGCAACUCUACAGCGAAGGAGCCAGAGUAUUCUGGAUUCACAACACUGGCCCAAUUGGGUGCUUGCCCUUGAAUUUCCUUGCUUACGGUAAGUCAAAAAAGGGUAAUGUGGAUGCCAAUGGGUGUGUGAUAUCUCAGAAUGGGAUCGCACAUGAAUUUAACUUGCAGCUCAAGAACCAAGUGCUUCAGCUAAGGAAAAAGCUCCCACUUGCCAAAUUAAUUUAUGUUGAUGUGUAUAAAGCCAAAUAUGAACUUGUCAGCAAUGCAAGGAAGCUAGGUUUUGUCAAUCCAUUGGAGUUCUGCUGUGGCAAUUACCUGGGAGGUUACAAGAUAAGUUGUGGCCAGAAUACCACAGAGAGUGGAACAGUUUCUGACAAGACAUGUAAAAAUCCAUCUGAGUUUCUUAGCUGGGAUGGCGUACAUUACUCUGAAGAAGCAAACUUGUUGAUUGCUAAACAAAUUCUCUCUGGCGCAUUCUCUGACCCACCAGUUACUAUUAGGCAGGCUUGUUUCUGAGCAUAGUACAAGUAAUGUUCUGUUACAUGCAUGUUUUCCCAGUUCAUGUUUCAGUAAGAAAGUGUCAAGGGAGUCAAUUACGUCAACAAUUUAAGAGCUAUUUGAUUUGGAACCUGUUUGGAUGCAAACCAAAAGCACUUUUGGAGUUUAUUUACUGUUUUUUUUAGUAGAUAAGUUUCAAUAAGGCCGUAUCCAAACGGCUCUAACAAGGUAUCUUAAUUUAGUUGAAAAUUUCAGGAUACUGUAAUGGCAGUGCAGCCAAAAAUAUCUGUUUCUUUAUAAGAUUGGUAGAUAUAUUUCAUUGAGGACAGAUUAAAAGAUUCUAUUGCAGAUC